UUUAAAUACGUCACGCGUUGCUUCAAGUGGCACCACGCCACACUCACCAAACGGAAGCAACUCUUCCUCUAAUUCAAUGUUAAUUUAAAACCUUAAAUUAACCACAUUGUUAACAUCAAGAUGAAUUUAGCCGAAAACGUAGGCUAUUUGUUUUUGCAUACGUCAUUAUGACGCGCCAACACUCGUACCCCGCCCAGCCACAAACAGAGCGCGCGACAUUAUUCUGCAGCGAUUCCUUCCUUCUCAGUGUUCCACAGGUGGCAGCAAAACAACGGGGUCAUGGCUAUGGCAGCAGAGCCUGUUUCAGAUGCAGUCUGGGACGAACGCCAGGCUUACAAAGAGCUCCUGUACUGGGACAGCCUCAUCCAGCGUGGCCAUCGCCUGCUACCCCACGACUUUGACAGAUAUGAGGAGUUGAGAUAUUGGUAUGACUGCCUCUGCUAUGAGGAGGAACUCCGGCAGUACCACGAAUACAUCACAGCUAUACAAGAGAUCGAGGAGAACCGAUCCCAAGCUGAGGCUCCUCCAGCGCGCACGGCUCCCCGGCACGUCUUUGUGAGCGAUGACCGGCACGUGAUGGCGAAGCACGCGGCGGUGUACCCGUCCCCGGAGGAGCUGGAGGCGGUGCAGACGGUGAUCUCCCACGUGGAGUGUGCCCUCAAGGCGGUCUCAGACCUGCUGGACGCGGAGGCCGGAGUCGGCGCGGUGACGCCACCGCCGGUGGGAGGGGCCGAGGAGAGUGUGGCAUGUCCCACCCCGGAGCGGGUUCUGCGGGGGGUGAUGCGGGUGGGCCUGGUGGCCAAAGGCCUGCUGUUGAAGGGGGACAUGGACCUGGAACUGGUGCUGCUCUGCACCGACAAACCCACGGCGACCCUGCUGAAGAAGGUGGCCGACAGCCUCUCCACCCAGAUCGAGGUCGUCACCAAAGACAAGUACGAGGUCACGCCGUGCCCCGAGGAGGCGGACAUCGUGAUCAGAAGCAAGAAGGAGCCGGUCCUCACCCUCAUCAUUCACCUCACGUCUCCCAUGGUCCGGCAGGAGGUGGACGACGCGGCGGCUGACGCUACGACCCCCCCAGAUGGACCUCCCGGAGAAACGCAAACCGUCGACAGCGAUGCGCCGGCGGACGUUCUGGACAGGCAGAAAUGCCUGACUGCCUUGGCGUCUCUCCGCCACGCCAAGUGGUUCCAGGCUAAAGUCAACGAUCUCAGGUCAGCCGUCAUGGUGAUUCGUAUCAUGAGGGACCUGUGUAACCGCGUCCCCGCCUGGGCUCCGCUUAGAGGAUGGCCACUUGAGCUGCUGUGCGAGAAAGCCGUCCGGACAUGUGAUCGUCCGAUGGGAGCGGGGGAGUCUUUCCGCAGAGUUCUGGAGUGCCUGUCGUCUGGGAUUCUCAUGGAAGACGGCCCAGGCCUCAAAGACCCGUGUGAGAAAGAGAAGGCAGAUGCCGUCAGUCACCUGAGCGCUCAGCAACGUGAGGACAUCACACAGAGUGCCCAGCAUGCGCUGAGACUGUCUGCGUUCGGACAGCUCUACAAAGUCCUGGGGAUGGAUUCCCUGUCUGCCAGGGCGCCGAGGAGAACCAUUCGACCAGGCCUCAGAGAAUACGGUUCUCAGAUCCCAGCUAGCUCCACCUACCCACCCAAGAGGCCGCACGAUGCCACAGACAGUGAUGGAGCCGACAGCAAAAAGAGGAAGUUUCAGAAGUUCCAGAAGUAUCCAAAGUUUCCUAGGAAGUCGUCCACAGAAGAGAGGCCCGCAGACAGCCCUGUAGCCAUGAAUGCCCUGAUGCGUCUGAACCAACACAAGCCUGGGCUGCGGUACCGGUUGACGGGUCAGACGGGUCCGGUGCAUGUCCCGGUGUUCACCAUGUCCGUAGAGGUGGACGGGAAGGAGUACGAAGCCUCAGGCCCGUCCAAACGCAGCGCCAAGCUUCACCUAGCUGUUAAGGUCCUGCAGGAGUUGGGCCUGCCCACUGGGCCGGAUGUGAAAGCGGAUCCGGGAGAAGAGGGCGGGGCCAGUGUUUCAUCCGUUACCAGUGAUGCGUCCGUAGCAACUGACGAGAACGGUCCCAUCCUCACCAAGCACGGGAAGAACCCAGUGAUGGAGCUGAACGAGAAACGGCGCAGCCUGAAGUACGAGCUCUCUGCAGAGACCGGUGGCAGCCACGACAAGUGCUUCAUCAUGCAGGUGGAGGUGGACGGCCAGAAGUUCCAGGGCCGGGGAUCCAACAAGAAGGAGGCCAAAGCCUACGCAGCCCUGGCUGCUCUGGAGAAACUCUUCCCGGAGGGGGCAGGGCCCUACUACAACCCCCAAUCAGAACCCAAGAAGAAGAAGCCUGUCACGUACACGUCAAUGCACAUCCCGGGCUUUGGCACCAUUCGAGGCAUUCCAACGGACACGGCGCCCAACGGUCGUGGCCGGGGUCGAGGCAGGGGUCGGGGAAAGCCGUCUGUCGGCAGCAGCUACAACCAAACCAACUACAGCUAUGGAAGCAGUUCCGGCUCUGGUUACCAUAAUCUGUACAGUAUGAGUCCAGGGGAGGGCUCCGCCCACACAACCUCCACCGCCGACACGUCCGCUGACGCCAACUCCACAGGCUACGGCACCUUCUACCCAGAAUACUCGUCUCCGGCCACGACGGCCUCCGCCACCACAGCCCAGGGCGGCGCGUCUCCCCUGGACGCCUACCAGUCAGUGCCCCCCCCACUGGACCAGCAAAGCCCCUACAGCUAUGGCUACGGGGGCGACAAGAAGAGCGUUCUCACCGCGGCCCAGAGCCAGGCCGCUCCGACGCCAGGCCAGCAGACGCACGUGGACUACUCCAUGUACAGCACGGCCUACCCCAGCUCUGUCACCGGGGGUCAGAUGUACAGUUACGGUGAGUGGGCCUACGGCUACGGCAGCCAAUCGAGCUUCAGCAUGUACGGGAACGCCGCGCCCCAGAGCUAUGGGCCGGCCACUUCAGCUGCUUCCCCGGCACAGCAGGCCUACCCUAUGGGAUAUGGGAACAUGAACUAUCAGUACAAAUAGGAAGGUACCACACUCACACACACCCGCCUCCACAACCCAGGCAAAUCCUCCCCAGCUUUCCCCCAAAGAGGACAAGAUGGCCCCCGUCUUUCUCUGCUUUCAAAAUAUCGGUCAAAUAGUGAUUCAUACCCAACCCUCGGUCAGUGGGGUCUCUUCCACCGUCACCAUCAUCAACCAGACUAUUUCAUGAUCUUCUGUUAAAUGGACCCCGUUGGACUGACAACUGGUUUAACCCCUUAGGGGUGUGUGGGGGGGGGGCUUGCAAGGAUACAUGAUGCUAUUUUUUUUUUAUUUUCUUCACACUGGUUCAGAAUUUCUAUUGUUGAGCCAUCCUAGUUGAAGUCUGAAUGUAAAAAGGAGAAUUGGUUCCAAGUCUUCACUAUGUCUGUUUUAACUAUGAGUUUUCCUUGACAUUUUGUUUGGGCGUUUCUAUCAUAAUUUUGUGUUUUGACUGUAAUGGAUUGACAGUGUGUUAGAAAUAAAAAAAAAAAGAUAUAUAUAUAUAUAUAUAUAACAGCACAUUUGAUUUUCAUGUGAAAGAACGCAAUGUUAUUUUUGGUUCAGUGCAAGGUUUGGGUGAAAGGCUUGUAUUUCCUUGUAAGAAUAAAUUUCUAUUUGGAAAAAA